CACUAUAAAUGGAUCAAACAGAGACCCUCGUUCUCCUCUUACCUCUCCGACUCUCCAAAUUCGCGAAGGGCGCGUCGCUCUCCCUCGAUCCCCGAUCCGAGGUUUCUUAAACUGCAGAAGAUGGGCCGUGGGGUCAGCAGUGGUGGAGGCCAGAGUUCUCUGGGCUACCUUUUUGGGAGCGGCGAGGCUCCCAAACCGGCUGAGAACACUCCGCCUGCCCAGAAGCCGGCCCCAUCCCCACCAGUCGAUAACACCAAGCAGAUCCCUGCCGGCAUCCAAGGAAGGCAAACCAACAAUUACUUCCGUGCUGAUGGCCAGAACACUGGCAACUUCAUUACAGAUCGACCUUCGACAAAGGUGCAUGCGGCUCCUGGUGGUGGCUCCUCCCUUGGUUACCUUUUCGGCAGUGGCGGUGGCGGUAGUAGCACCGAGAACGGCAAGACAACAAUUAAUGCCGAUUCUCCUCUGUAAGCCGGAGACUUGUAACAAGAUGAAAAACCAGUGCUCGUUUCCCUAUGUUCAGGGAGUACUGAUGUUUCAUUUGCUAAGAAGACUCGUCUAUUGUGUAUUAUACAUCUACAUGUCGGAAGUGCUUCUUUGAAAAAGCCAGUUCGGCUUUACGUGAACGUGUCGAUCUAUGGAACAACAGCUCCUGGGUUAUCAGUUUCCAUAUGUUGUUCUUACAUCAUCUUCUGUUGUUGCAUUGAAAUGUUUUUACCCCUCUCUGUUUGUUGUUUUAAAUUGAAUUGAAUUGAAUCUUAUGGUCCAAGACGCGGCUCGGCUUUGAACUGAA